CUGGCACGUGGGAGGCCGUUUCCGCUGACGCAGCCAUUGUCACGUAGGCCGGAUUGUCCGUCUGCUCGGUGCCCGGACACGCCGUCAGCAUGCAGCGGGGCUACGUGCCCUUCCUCUAUUUUGUGACUGUCCUGGGGCUGGAGGCUGCAAUGCAGAAGGAAUGCAGGAUUAUCGAGGCUCUCCAGAACAAGCUGACGUAUCGGCAGCGGCUCCAGUACAUGAAACACUAUUUCCCCAUCAACUACACCGUGAAUGUCCAGUUCGAAGAGGUUCUCAGGGCAUCCAACAUUACCAGGCUGCGGGAUCAGAAUGUCAGCGAGCUGUCCCUGCGCUGCCUGUGGCUCAGUGUGAACUCCCAGGUGCUGCUGAAGAUCGGGGCUGUGCUGCUGGAGAAGCACCUGUCCUGGGAGUACAUCCAAGAUCUCUGCCUCCUCUUUGAGCAUCUGGCUGAGGAGUACGAGGACUGCAACCAGGGGAACGUGGACACCAACGUUUGGGACGUGGUAGAGCAGGUUCUCACCGGUGACACAGGGAGCGGCCAGAAGGCCGUGCGCCCCAAAGCCCUGCUGGAUAACUGCGUCAAGGUCAUGUGGAUGCUAUACAGCGAAUCGUGUAAAUAGUAUUCUGCCCAUGAUCGGGAAGGGAGUUUGGCCGUUUUCUCCCUCUCUCCAUGCCCUCUGCACUGCCUUGGCAUGUGGUCUCUGUUGUCACGCUGCCUGUCUGCUUGUGCUCCACAAUCCCAGCUUCCAUGUUGCGUUGUGCCUGCCACCUCCCCGGGGUCCAGAGGAAGCCAGUGCCCUACAAAGCAUCUUCCAAGGUGCCCAGCAGUGGGAGCUUUGCCUUGCUCUCCCAGGGAAGAAUGAGAGCAAAGGCGGAGGAUGGAGAGCGCAGAGGAGUGGAUUUUCUCCACCGGUGCCAUAGGACAAACUCAGGAAAUCUUUCUGGCACGGGGAAUCCAGGGAAGGUGGUGGCAUCUCCUGCCAUGAACAGGCUGCAUUUCUGUCCCUCUGAGGGUGAGGCAAUGUGUUGCUCCACACCAGAUAGACACCCGAGGGCCCGCUCUGCGGCAGAAAUGGAGACUUGCCUCACAUUCGAGCCUGCUUCAGCAAGGGAUUUUCUCACCAGGGUUGUCGGAGAGAAAGCAUGAUGUGACCUGGCCUGGGGCGUGUUGGCCUCGGCGCAUGCCUGAGUCAGAAAUGCCGCUGCUGUCUCCCACCCCAGGAUGCACAGCUGGUGCACAGCAGCCCCCGCAGAGAAGAGCCGCUGGAGGAAUUCUGCCCAUCCGGUGGGUGCUCCCCAGAGACUGCUGUGACUGGGCUGGCAGCUUCACGGCAGGGACGUUCCAACCCCUGAAUGUUUAACCCAAAGCCGCUGUAGCUGGAACAUUCCCACUCGGCCUGGCCUCACCUGGGGCCCAAAGAGGAAAGGAGCAUCAGGCCACGGAGUGAGUGGGACAAGGGGCUUUGGACCCCGUGUACGAGGGAGCCUCCUACAGGGACACUUUCCAUCCUGCCCCAGCGCUGGUGCAUGUGAGAGCAGGACCAGGCCUGUGGAGCCAGAGGAUCUGAGAGUGCCAACAGCAAUCUGCCCUCGGACUCUUCCUAGAGCUCGUGUUGCGGUUCCCCUCCUGAGUGAGCUGAUGGACGAUGGAGCCGUGCACCUGCAAUGUGUGUUAAUGAGCCAUUGCCCAUUGAGCUGACCCUCUUUCUAAAACGCCUGUCGCCAUUCUCACCCAGCACCAUAGAGCUCACGACCAGGCCCUUGGGCUGCCUCGUCUGUUCAUUCACUGGCUAGCGCACCCGGAGAUACGUGCUAGAAGACGUUCUCUGCUCCUGUUUUCAGUGCUGCCAACUCAUGUGGUUUAAUCGCGAAUCUUGUGACAUUUGGUGUUUUCUUUAAAGCCCCGAGCCCUGGAAUCACCGUAUAAAUGCACCUUGUCAGCUUGCCUUAACGAAAAAAAGCUGGUCUGUCGCUCUCCUGGGCGCUUGUAAAUGUGUCCCCUAGAGACUCC